GCAAGAAUUUCCCUGGCGAGCGGCUAUCAGCGAACAGGUGCUGCGGGGGCGGUGCGGGAGGCGGUGCCUUCGCUUCCGGUUCCGGUCCCGGCUCCGCGAGGACGGGGGAGAUGCUGCCGGCACCGAGGGGGCGGCCCGGGUCUGCAUUCCUGCGGCUUGCCGGGGCGGCGCGCACCAUGGCUGGAGUGUCUGAGUUGGAAAGUGCCCUGCAGAUGGAGCCCGCUGCUUUCCAGGCUUUGUACUCCGCCGAGAAGCCGAAGCUGGAAGAGGAGAACCUCAUUUUCUUCUGUCAAAUGGGCAGGCGGGGCUUGCAGGCCACGCAGCUGGCCCAAGGCCUUGGAUACACCGGGGCUCGCAACUUCGCAGGAGCGUAUAGAGAAUGGUCCCAGAAAGAAGGUUAGGUAGAAGGUGGCUAACUUAUUGCCCCCUCUCCCUCGGCCCCAUGGCCGCCUUAACUAAGGGUGGUGAAGGGGCUGACUCCUCAGGUUGGGUAAGCUCCUUAUAGUGCUGCGCAUGCAAAAGCAUCAAAUAAAGAGCA